AGGUUUUUACAGCAAUUCUCUGAUGCCCUUGAUAUGGUAGAACGCUGUGUAUAUCAAGAGUAAGCUCUCGUUUGAGGAGACAAUUCCUGUUUUUGCCAGUGCCACGUGUAAUAUAUGUGAAGUUCCUCAAAUACUAAUCAAGUUGAAGAAACACUUCCACUACUUAAAAAUUACUUCCAUAUUUGUUCAGCUAUCCCAAUGGGAUUUUCACUUAGUAAAUCUGCUACUCAGGUAUCUGCUAUGCAUAUGGAUUCAAAAGUGGAUGAUCACUUAAUACGAGGGACUGAAAAAAGCAGAUUGGAACCAACAACUCAGUUAUUUCAAAACACCAAGAAAAUAAGAUUGGAAGACACAAAUCAAGAAAACUUUUCAAGGAUUAAAGGGACUGGCACAAGAUCUCUUUCUGAGAAAGCCUUGGGUUCAGUGGUAUACGUCAAAGAAAGUGAUGGACUAGAAAUGACAGAUGUGGAAUGAAGCAAUUUGUAUGUAUUACCAAACAAACCAAAAACUGCCUUUGAUUAAGAGGGGAUGCUGAAAGAGAACUUAACCUUAUUAGGAAACCCUAACAAAAUGACGGAAGACUAUCGCUUUAUUUUUCACUAUUUGUGAAUCAUCUUGCACUGCAUUUUUUGAUUAUGCCUAUUCAAAAGGCAGUUGCUUUAGAGUGAAAAAGCCUUCCAAAAUUCAAAGCAGAUUUCUCUGGUAUUAUAUUAUAUCCUUCUUAAAAACCAGAGCUUUAAGUGACAGUAUUUGAACGGCACCAAAACAUUUUCAUUUUAAUGUAUUUCUUUAACAAGUGAUUUAAAAAAGUGUCUAAGCGGCCGGGCAUGGUGGCUCAUGCCUGUAAUCCCAGCACUUUGGGGGGCCGAGGCGGGGCGAUCACCUGAGAUCAGGAGUUCACAACCAGCCUGGCCAAUAUGGUGAAACCCCAUCUCUACUAAAAAUGCAAAAAAUUAGCCAGGUGUGGUGGUGGGCGCCUAUAAUCCCAGCCACCUGGGAGGCUGAGGCAGGAGAAUCGCCUGAACCCCAGAGGCGGAGGUUGCAGUGAGCUGAGAUCAUGCCAUCGCACUCCAGCCUGGGCAACAAGAGCGACACUCCGUCUCAAAAAAAAAAAAAAAAAAACACGGUCCAGGCAAUGUGACAUCAGUAUUUCAUAGUAUUUCUGGUGUACCGGUUUUGCAUGUUACUUUUCCAUUUUGGGAUUCUGCUUUAGGAUACUUUACUUUCUUACAUUUUGCAUUUUUGUUCUAUAAAAGAUCACUGCAGAUAAACUGAAAAGGCCAAUAAAUUGCAUAUCUUCAGAAGGAUUUCACAUUUUAAAUCGUGCCUUUAAAACUCUUUUUUUCCCCCCACAUAGAAUCCAUUUUAGAGUUAGAAAAGUAUUCUUUCCAAGUGUUAAUAGUUUGUCUUGCAGAUGAUACCAUUUUAUGUCACCAAUAUUUAAUAUGAGAAAAACAACCUGGUGUUUAAAAACCUUGUUUUGUGUAUCAGUUAUGAAAAUAUCUGGUAGUUGGAAAUCUCUUUAAUAUUCAUUUUAAGAGGAAAGGGCAUCUUUUUGGAGGGGGAGUUAUAUUUUAUUAAUCAGAAAAAUACUAAACAAAUGUGUUUGUAGGGAAUAUUGAGAAUGAAAAACAAUUGUUGAUUGGGACAUAAGCUAAAAAGACAACGCUUUUUAUUAUUUAUGGAACAUAAUUCUUUAGGAGAGAAAAAAAUACACAAAUCAUUCGUUGUUCACCUAGCCUGGCACUGUGCUUGGUGCUGGAGAUACAGUAGUGAAUAAAAUAGCCACUGCCUUGUA